GAGGGAGGGAAGGGGGCGGGCGGCAGGUGCUGGCGGUGGGAUAUUGCCAAUAUCCACCCUCGGCCCCCUUUCCGCUUUACUCCCCCCCCCCCCGCCUCCCGCCCCCGGGCCGCGCCGCGCCGUGCUGGCUGGGAGCUGCGGGGUGGCCGCCGAGGAGGCGGUGCGGGGACGGGAGACCGGCCGCAGGCUCAGCAACGCAAUAACUGCAUCACCACCCUGAGUUCCACUAUGGAUGUGUCUGAGGAACCUGAGUCACAGGCUCCUGCCAUGAUCAUUGGGGAGGAGGAAGAUGGGGGAGAUGCAACUGGGGACACCCAGCUAUGCCAUGAACCAGGAUCUGUUUGAAACUCCACCGCUGACUAGUCAGUCCCAGUAUUUGAGCGAGUGUGCCUGAUGCAGGAGAAGGAACCCUGGGUGCUGAAAACUCACUGGAAACAUGGGGUCUGAAAACCCAAGUCCACAGAACCCUGGCUGUAAGAUCAUGACCUUCCGUCCCACCCUAGAGGAGUUUCGGGACUUUGGGAAAUACGUUGCCUACAUCGAAUCACAGGGAGCUCAUAGGGCAGGGCUUGCCAAGGUGAUUCCUCCCAAGGAAUGGAAGCCCCGAAAGACUUACGAUGACAUCGAUGAUAUGGUCAUCCCAGCGCCUAUCCAGCAGGUGGUGACUGGGCAGUCGGGGUUAUUCACCCAGUAUAAUAUACAGAAGAAACCCAUGACGGUGGGAGAGUACCGGCGUCUGGCCAACAGUGAGAAGUACUGUACUCCUCGCCACCAAGAUUUUGAAGACCUGGAACGCAAAUACUGGAAGAAUCUGACGUUCGUCUCACCAAUUUAUGGGGCAGAUAUCAGUGGCUCACUAUAUGAUGCAGACGUAGAAGAAUGGAAUAUUGGGAAUCUGAACACCCUGUUGGACAUGGUGGAGCAUGAGUGUGGGAUUAUCAUAGAAGGUGUGAACACCCCCUACCUUUAUUUUGGCAUGUGGAAAACAACAUUUGCAUGGCAUACUGAGGACAUGGAUCUCUACAGCAUCAACUACCUGCAUUUUGGGGAGCCGAAAUCCUGGUAUGCCAUACCACCAGAGCAUGGCAAGCGAUUGGAACGCCUGGCAAAAGGAUUUUUCCCAGGAAGCUCUCAGGGAUGUGAUGCCUUCCUUCGCCACAAGAUGACCCUCAUUUCACCCUCCAUCUUGAAGAAAUAUGGCAUCCCGUUUGACCGGAUCACCCAAGAGGCUGGAGAGUUUAUGAUCACGUUUCCUUACGGCUACCACGCGGGAUUCAACCACGGCUUCAACUGCGCUGAGUCCACCAACUUUGCCACACUGCGGUGGAUUGACUAUGGCAAAAUGGCUACGCAAUGCACGUGCCGCAAAGACAUGGUGAAGAUUUCCAUGGAUGUUUUCGUGAGGGUUCUACAACCGGAACGUUAUGACUUGUGGAAACAAGGGAAAGAUGGUGCUAUUCUGGACCACAUGAAACCCACAGCUCUGACCAGCCCAGAGCUGGAAGCCUGGAAUGAGACAAAGCCUGAGCUGAAAGCUAAGCUGCUCCGCAGGUCUCACAGAAAAAGAAGUCAACCCAGAAGGCAUAAAACAGAGGAUCAGAAGUCUCUUGGGGAAGUCAUAGCUAUGGAGACUGCCCUGGAAGAAGUCAAAAUGAAGGAGGAGCUGAAAAGAGGGCCAGACCUAGAUGAAGAGGAGAGAAGUAAAGUGACCGAGGGGGGAGAAGGAGACAGCAAGGUGAAGGGCCGUCCCCCAAAAGUCAAAGGUGAGAGAAAGAAGAAGCACCCUCACCAUCAUCACCAUCACAGUCAUCACCUGCAGCCACCUCAGCCUCCUUUGCAGCAGCAGCUGCUGCCACUGCCGCCUCCACAGCCACAGCAGCAACCAGCAGAGGAAGAGGCACCGGCAGCACGGCCGCGGAUUCCUGCAGCAGCACCAGCCACGGCAGAGAAGAGCUUACCCACUGCUCCCCUCAAUAUCGUCCUGCCCUCAGAGGUGCCAAGCGAGGAGGAUGACUUUAAGCCCCGCCCCAUCAUUCCCAUGCUUUAUGUGGUUCCACGGACCAAAAAGGUGGUCUUUGAAAAGGAGCGCAUAUCCUGCCAGCAGGCCUUUGAGCAGUUUGCCACGCAAAAAGGCCAGGUUUGGCGGGAGCAGGUGGUCCCUUUGGAGCUCACUGUGAAGGAGGAGGAGAGCAGAGAAGCAGAAAAUGCGGAUGUUGCCACUGAGGUCAGUGACUUACAGGCCACUUCUGCUUUUUCAAAAAUGAAGAUGGAGAUAAAGAAAAGUCGCCGUCACCCACUGGGCAAGCCACCAACCCGCUCCCCAUUGUCUGUGGUUAAACAGGAGGCCUCAAGUGAUGAGGAAACGUUUCCAUUUUCCGGGGAGGAGGAUGUGAGUGACCCAGAGGCUUUGAAGUCUUUACUUUCCCUGCAGUGGAAGAAUAAAGCGCAUAACUUCCCAGCUGAGCGAAAAUUCAAUGCAGCUGCUGCCCUGAGUGAGCCCUUCUGUGCUGUCUGUACCCUCUUCUACCCUUAUAACCAGUCCUUACAGAUGGAUAAAGAGUCUGUCCAGGUCUCCACAGGGGAGAGCUCCUCCUUGCUCCAGCUUUCUAAGUGUGGACAGAAGACAAAGCCUCUGAUCCCUGAGAUGUGCUUUACCUCAGGUGGUGAAAACACAGAGCCCCUUCCUUCAAACUCAUACAUUGGAGAAGAUGGAACCAGCCUCCUGAUAUCCUGCGCCAAGUGCUGCCUGCAGGUUCAUGCUAGUUGCUAUGGAAUACGUCCUGAUCUGGUGAAUGAAGGCUGGUCUUGUUCACGGUGCUCAGCCAAUGCAUGGGCAGCGGACUGCUGCCUGUGUAAUCUCAGGGGAGGAGCUCUUCAAAUGACCACUGAUGGAAGGUGGAUCCAUAUAAUCUGUGCUAUUGCUGUCCCAGAGGCCCGUUUCCUCAACGUAAUAGAGCGCCAUCCUGUGGACAUCAGUGCUAUUCCAGAGCAGCGGUGGAAACUGAAAUGUGUGUAUUGCCGGAAACGGAUGAAGAAGGUGUCUGGUGCCUGCAUUCAAUGCUCCUACGAGCACUGCUCCACUUCCUUCCAUGUGACCUGUGCACAUGCCGCUGGGGUACCCAUGGAGCCGGAUGAUUGGCCAUAUGUUGUGUCCAUCACUUGCUUCAAACAUAAAGCAGCCAACCACAAUAUCCAGUUGCGGAGGGAGAUAUCGCUGGGGCAGACUGUGAUUACAAAGAACCGCAAUGGACUCUACUACAGGUGUAAAGUAAUUGGCAUGACAACGCAAACCUUCUAUGAAGUGAACUUUGACGAUGGCUCUUACAGCGACAACGUUUACCCGGAAAGCAUUACUAGCAGAGACUGCAUUCAGAUGGGACCCCCUCCAGAAGGCGAGUUGGUUCAGCUGCAGUGGACUGAUGGAAUCAUCUAUAAGGCCAAGUUCAUUGCAGCCCAGAUCAGUCAGAUUUAUCAGGUAGAGUUUGAAGAUGGCUCCCAGCUGAUGGUAAAACGUGGUGAUAUUUACACAUUGGAGGAGGAGCUUCCUAAGAGAGUGAAAUCUCGCCUGUCCCUCAGCACUGGGGCCCCUCAGGAAGGAGUGUUUUCCGGAGACGAAGUGAAAGCCGCCAAGCGCCCCCGAGUGGGGAAUUCCAGGAAUCCUGAGGACUAUGGACAGAACCCAGAUUAUUUGGCCUUCAUGGAGACCCUGCUGCAGACGCAGUACCAACCAGGACCACAGAGCAACAUCUUUUAACCAGGAUUAAUAAUAAUAAUUAAAAAAUUAACCCUUUUCAACCCUGAGGAAAAAUAACCAGGAAACUGUGGAACAAAAGGCCAGCCCCGUGCAAUAGCCUGCUGUGAAUUCCUUUCUUCGGCUCUUGGUUUGGACUGCAAGAAAAUCCUGUCUGGCUACAGGCUACCUCUACUCUGUCAGCUGCAUUGCUGACUAAUAGAAUAGGGAGCUCAAAACCCCUUCAGACAGCAUUUCACAUGAAGACUUCGGAAGAGUUUGUACUAGUGGAGCUUUGUGACUGGCUCCUUUUUUUUUUUAAGGUUUGGAAAGGGUUAAAAUUAAUGAAAAAUGAAAUGACUCAGAUUUUUAAACCACAUCAAACUCUUUUGUCUUUAAAAGGUGCUAUUUCACUGACUACUGAAGCAGCCUUUGGAAUCCUGAUUUCUGUACAUAUAAAUCACCUUUGUGACGUUUUCUAUAAAUGAGCAUUAUUAAGAAAAAAAACACAAACAAAAAUAGGAAAGCAACAAUUUCCACAAAUAAUUUUUUCUAGAUCAUGGCUUUAAAACAGAAAAAAAAAAUAAAAUCAUUACUCCCUCCUCCCCACCACUGAAAUGUAAUUUAACACUGCAGUGGGGAGAGAGAACAAGAGCAGACAUCGUAGGUUGUUUUUUAAAGCAAUGUUUUCUUUGUAACCUGGGAAGCGGGGAAAGAAAUGUCUCAUAACCCGAAUGUUGUUGCAGCUGAUGAAUUAGAUGGUGGGUGUGUGCAUUUCUGCCCUGUCAUCAGCAAAGGGCAACCAAUGGGGAAAUGGCUGGACAUUAGUAUUUGCUCCUUCUACUCCUCUUCCUUGCCUUUUUCCUUCCCCAUCUUUGCAGUCACUGAGACUCUGCAGCCUCAAGUGUGUAUGCCUUUCGAUUCAGAUAUGCCACUUGAUUCUUCCCCUCACCGAUCUGGCAGGCAUUGUUCUGUUGCUGCCAUACCCUUUAAGAGCUGCCACCCCCACCUUCCUAUCGAGAGUGGCAUGCAAGGGGAUUGUUCUGGCUCUCUAUUAGGCAUAGCUCCCAGAGGAACUUUUUCCUUUUUCUUUGGUUUUGAGCUGUGUAGCUUACAGUUGCGUGAAUCAUUCCAUGACAGAAGCCUUGGAGGUGUGUGUAUAUUCUCUUCUUCCCCCUCCCCCCCAUUAAAGAAGAAAUUCCCCAAAUGCCUUCAAUUGUUGUGACAUCCUUUCCUUAGGUAAGGAGUGAGCCUUUGAGAUGCUCCUGGUGAAGCGGGAUGAAAGCCUGCAUUUGUUUGGGCUCAGUUCAUUGAGUAUUAAAAUGAGUGUUAAAGUCAGAAACAAAUCUUGAAAUACUGAGUAGGCAGCUCCCACCUGAACUCUGUGUAAGCACCGCCUCCUGUAGAACUGUUAGGGAACAGUGUUGCAUAAAAGGCCUGAUCCAAAGCCCAUCAAAGUUGGUGGAAAGAGACUCCCACUGACUUCAGAGGGCUUUGAAUCAGGUUUGAAGUGAAGAGAAAUAAGUAGACUUUGUGAAGAACUCCAGGGAGAUGAGGCUGCUGCAGUGUGUGUGCAUGGGGAUGGGGAUAUGGUACUUAUACAACACAUAUUCAAUCCCACCUUUGUGUCUUUCCCUGUGAGUUGACAAAGCUAUCCAGGAAACGCAUCCUCUGCAAUCUUUUUCACUUGAGUCCCAGAAAUUUCUGAGCAGGGAGGAACAAUACUCUCUUUUUAAGCCCCCUUGUAAUACAGUCAAUAUUUUUUUUUAAGUGACUGUUUAGAUAUCUUCAGGGGAACGUGGGAAGCAUUUGGGGGAUAACAUGGUAAUUAUUAGCAUCUUAAGAGACUGGACAGAUAUUCAGCUGUCCCAGUCAGAGAAUGGAAAUGGAGUGAAGUGUUCUUUCUUGGGGGAAUUAGAAUUCCCUUCGUUUCUUGCUGCCUCUGCUGAGAGGUGUUUUACUUUUUUUUCUUUUUUCUUUUUUUAAGUGUGUGUUAUAACACAGUGUGAAAUCCUUUUAGGAAGUUUUAUUCUUAUUUUUUUCUUCUAUAUUUUAAGUUUUCAAUUUCUCCAAAUGAAUCUGUCUCCAAAAAAGCAUUAGACUGAAUUUAUAAAAAAAGAAUGUACUUUUUUUGGUUUGUUUUUUCUUUAAAGGAAAAAAGGACACUGUUCUUAAAAGCCUCGUUUUGUGUCAUUUUGGAUAGAAGACUAAUUAGAACCUAGUUAAAGUCUCUUUCCUUUAUUUUCUGCCGCACCCUGUAUAGCGAUUACUCCUGCAUAGCUGUCUCCUGUUGGCUAGAACAUGAUUUAAAAGAUAAUUUGCUUGUAUAAAAGAAAAAAAUGGAUGUUUUAAUGGUUGCCAGGCCACAGAGAAAUAUUUAAAACAAUUGAAAGAGAAUUUAAACAGCAGAGGAUUUUUUUUGGGAGGGGGAAGGGGGAGGUAGGGUGGGAUGGGCUGGGGGGUUGUGAGCAGUGGGCGGAUUUCCUCUGCAUGUUAAAAGUCCUGACUGAAGUAGCAUCAUUACUGUAUUCAUAUGUAGUACCUUUUUUAAAUACUAUUUAUAUUGUAAAAACAAACAAAAAAAAAGUGUUUCCCUGACCCCCAUAUUCAGAUGGUGAGUUAUGUUUAACCGUGAAUCUGGAACUGUAGAAUGCCCUUCUUUGUUGCUGGGUUUUUCCUGUUUUGUUUGUUCUUAAAUCCCUCUUUUGGUUCAGGAAUGACUUGUGCAGUUUAUCUAUAAUGACCACGUUGAAGGUUUCUGUGCAUCAGACUAUGGAAAAGGAAAUAGGAAAUGCACACUUCUUCCCCACCCCACCCCCCCAGUGAAAUAUAUUUGUAAGUGUCUGAUUAUGUGCUAUAAAAUUAUUGAUUUUUUUCCUCUUAGAUUAAGAAUGUGAUGUAUUUUUUUUGCAUUUUUUUUCUCUGCCUCUAGGUUCAUAAUGAAUUAAAGGCUGUUGAGCACUUCAGAAUUAGUUUUUAGGAGGUUGAAGUCUCUUCAUUUCUAUAUAAAAGCUAUUGUGCUGAAGGGGAAGAAAUCUCCCAAGUCAGAGUGGUUGGUGAAAGCUGACCAGUAAUUCGGUCAUGAGAAGCUAAGUGCAGCAGAGAGGCACAGAUUCACCCACUAGACAACUGCCAGCAAAGAAUGACCCUGACUUGAUCCUAGAUACAGGAGAAUUCACAGAUAUUUUGAAGAGAUAAUGGUGGCCACUGGCAAGCCAUGGAACCACACGGGGAAUGAGGGGUAUGGGAGUUUGGAUCUAUUUGCAGAACUCCAGUGUACAGGUGAUGAUCCAGAGGGGUGGAAAAUAAACAAUCUGUCAGUGAAAAGCGGUUUGAUGAGGAAAGCAAUUUCCUCCCCUCUCAACAGGAUGUCAUUACAAAUACCAUAACUAGACAGCUUGAUAGCCCAGCUGGAGGAGCAAUGGUCUUCCACCUGUACUCCUGAACAGAGGGAAAUGGGAGUAUGUGGCACCUAACCUACAACACCCAUAAGGCACUGUAGAGCUCUGAAUGGGAUCCUGAAUAUGUUUCUAAAAUAGGGACGGCAUAGGUCAGCUCUGAAGGAUCACAGUGUCUUCCACCUGUCCCAAAAUGGCAUGGAUCCAAGUGAUCAGUCAUGCUACUAGUUUAAUUGCAAAGAGAUGGCAGAGUGAAACUUACUGGCAAUGGUGACAAAAUUGAUAGUGGAAACCAGGGACCACCUGCUACAUCUGAGGAUCGGAGAGAAUGUCCAUGACCAGGCAGAAUCUCUCAUAUCUCCUUUCAAAUCUCAGUUCCUUUUUCCUCUUCAUUUUGUUUAAGUGGAGAAGGGAUUUGCAUAGAUUCCACACUAGAACACCAGUGUCUGCUAGGCCAUUCUCGCAAUUGAUAAUUCUCUGGGUCACAAUGGCCUUCUUUACAUCUUUCUUCUUUUCACUUAUGCUUGGUGCUCCUGGUAUGUGGGUUACACUAUAGACAGGAAUUUGGGUUGACAUCAUCUCUACCAUUGGAGAACGUACACCCUUCACGUAGAUUUCCUCUCAACUGGCCUUUCCUAAAAGUUCUAUGGCCCCAUUGGUUUGGCGUGGAUGAGUCUAGUGUAAGCAGGACUGCAAGAUGGGAAAGGGAUAGUCCUGGUCAGAAUUUUUCACUGAGUGAAUAAUUGAUUUUUUCAUUCAGUCACUGAAUGAAAAAGACUCUUUCAAAAAAAAUUAUUGUUGUUUUGGAAUGAAUUAAAUGGUUUGUUUGACCCAAAACUUUUUUUGGGUUAUUGUUUCGUUAUGUUUCCAUGUUUUACCCUUUUAAAAUAUUUGUAAACAAAUCUAACUAAAUUUCUAAACAAAACAUCAUUUUGAAAUGAAAAGUUGAAACAUUUCAUUUAGAAAACAUCCAAACUGUUUUGAGUUUUUCAAAAAAAAAAAAAAUUCAUGCUAAAUUUGGGCUGAAUUUGUGAAUAGUUUUGGUCUCCCUGAAAGUGCAUUUUUCAGUAAUUGAUUGAAAAAUGCUGCCCAGCUGUUGUCAUAAUGCUUUUGUUUCUUGUUAUUACAAUGUAACAUUUGGAAUGAAGAUGGGUGUUGAAGUGCUGCAAUUGGGAAUAUCACCUCUGCUGUAUUUUGUAUGUGUGGAAUCAGUUUAGUACAAGACUUUCCUGCUUUUAUGGGCUUUGCUCUUAUAAUGAAGAGAUUUCAUUUUACAUUUGCUUUUCUAAAUGGCUUCCUUUGGUAGCGAUUGUUUUUUGGAAAGGUUUACUUAUUUCCCAGCUGCUGUUCCAAUUCUCUGUAACAUUCACUUUACGGUAGUUUGUUUGGUACCUACUUAUUCUGCGUUCAAUAGGAAUUUUUACAUUUCGCAAUAUGGGAGAUGGUCAUGCCAUCUCUGAAAAGAUGGAGCAGAAAUAGCAGGCUGAAGACUGAUGAUGAAAACGAUUAGAGGCAUAGAGAGACUUCAGUAAUAGUGGAGGAAAAAAAGGGACCGUUUUAGUGCAGAGAAGGAAAAUUGGAGAUUCCUUUUUGCCUUCUGAUAAUACAGUAAAGGGACAUUUGAAGUACACAAAUUUAUAAUUGAUGAAAAGAAACACUUUCCUUUUACACAAUGCCUAGCUUGUAGCCUUGAGUUCCAAAGGUUGGUUUUAUUAGAGUCCAAGAGCUCACUAGGAGUCAAAGGAUUAUGAGCCAUAAACAUGUCUGAGGAUAUCCAGGUACAAUAGACAGGAUUCAAAAUGGGGGAGAUUUUCCUUAUGUCUUUUUUUUUUUUUCCCCCCCCUCCAGAUCCUCUGUGCUAGUUCAGAGGUUUAUGGUAAAUCUCCGCCAGCAGCUGGAGACUAUACAGUGUUAUUCCCUGUCUGGGAGGAGUUUGUCAGCCAGAUACUUGGAAAGCAG